AUGGGCGACUUCGACUGUGGCGCCAUCGACUGCGGCGACUGUGGCGACCUUGACUGUGGCGACUGCUGCGAUGAGUGCUUCGACUGCUGCGAUGAGCCGUGCUUCUGCUUCGUCUGCUUCUCGGAUGCCAUCAGCGGCAAGGCACUCCUCCGCAUCGUCUGUGGUCUCGUGAUCUUCGCCGUCCUCGCCGCCGUGGUCACGCUGCUCGUCAUCGCCCUCGUCCCCCGCCGCGUCGGCGUCAGCGUGGAGGACGCGGCCCUCUCCCGCCUCGCCCUCGCCGACAAGAACGCCACGGCCACUGCGCUCGCCUACGACAUCUCCAUCGCCGUCGCCGUCCACAACGGGAAUUUGAUCAUGCCCGCCGAACACACCGCGCCGCUCCACGCGGAUCUGCUCUUCGACGGCGCCCGCUUCGCCCGCGUCGGACUGGCGACCGCAGGGGCCGUGGUCCGACCGCGGCGCAGGGAAGUGUACCACGCCACGGCGGCGGCCGACAGCGCGAGCGUCGCGCUGGGGAGCGCAGGAGUGGCCGACUUCCUCCAGCAGUCCGAAGCGGGGGAGUUCCAGCUCGAGGUGAAGCUUGUCGGCGAGGUCAUGUACCAGCCACACCACAAGAAGCACAGGCUGGACGCGAUCUGCCGGCUAGAGUUGGCUCUGUCAACGGCAACGUCGCCGGCGAUGUUCAAGAAGGUUAUCUUCCGCGCCACUGCGUUGAUCCUGAUGGUUGAGCUAGCCAGCCCGUCGUGCGUCCCCAAGGUAUCACAGGGUAUGUGA